GACUUACGAGGGGUUUGAAGCCGCGGACAUGUUGACAAAAAUUUUGACACAUGGAAAAAGACAGAAACUCAAAGAAACAUUCUUGAAUUUAGGGAACGUGUGGGCCCAGUUAGAAAUUUUAACACUUCAGCAUCUGCCCUGAACUAUUUUCAAUGUUUUUAUACUAAAGAAGUCUUCACUUCUAUCGUCAAUUUAAAUAAUUUGAAGGGAAUCUGAAAAUCGUACAUGAAAGUUGACACAUUUACCUGUGCUAACGAAGUACAAAUACUUUGUCAAUUGAGACAAUAUAACAUUUAUUUUUUUAAUAAUCAUAAACUAUUAAAUCAAUAUAAACUCAACAAAAAAUAAAAGUGAUUUCAUAGUUAAAACACCAGUUUAUCAAAAUUACCUGAUUUACCUGUAUUUUUACCUGUAUCUCACCUGUGUGUCACCAUAAGUCACAAUAAGACAAACAGGUACAGCAAGUACAAAGUAUGCUGAUUAUUUUGAUACCUUAUAUGAUGGAAUUGGACGACUGAGUACAAAUAUACAUCAGUUUAAAAGUACCUACCCAAAAUAAAUGAAAAUUCUCAAAGUUACUUAGGCCAAAAAAAAAUAUAUGUCUGUUUAAGGUUACAUACUUUAAAAAAAUAGGGUAGGUAGGUCGGUAUUUUCAUUUUAUUUUUUGUGACAUGAUUUUGAGUCAUGCCGUUUCGACUUGUCGUGAUCCGAGUUGAUCAUGGGCCAAGUUUACCCGUAUUUUUGAUGAUUGGAUUAUUUCCCUUGGAAAAAAAUGGCGGCAAAGUGUUUAUUUCAUCAGACGAGUUGCGAAUUUCCUUAAAACAGCUGUCAUAUUCAUGAUUGUGAACAUUGGGAUGUAUCAGGCAAUUGAUUUAUAUCAUUUGCAACACUAACUUCGUUAUUGACACGAUUUCAGUUUGUUUUUCACUUUACGACAGAAAUAAAAUGACUUAGGGUCAGCGCUCAAAAGUAGGGUAGGUCGGGUAACCGUAAACAGACAUAUAUUUUUUUUUGGCCUUAGUGUUGAAGGGUAUAAUACAGUGAAAGUUAUGCAGUGUUGAAAGAGUUAAAUCAUUUCAAUUUUACACCUUUACAUUUCAUAAAAUGUUCUUGAAUGUUAUAAAUGUCAUGAAAUGAUUGUGGUGAAACAAGAAACUGUCAAUAUAACUUGGUUGAUAACAUGAAUCUAGUAUGAAUUCCACAGUUGUGAAAAAAGGACCCUAAUUUUCAAGGAACAAGUCAUCUCAAAAUUACAGUGGAACCUCGGUAAGUCAAGGGACGGGACCAAAGUAUUCGACUUAUCCAAGGGUCGACUCAUCAGAGGUCCAGUGUGUGGUCAUAAAUUUGAAAUGAAUGAAAGACUGUAUGAGAUUUGUGUAAACUAGAUACUUUAAACAGUGUGCCCUUUUUAUACGACCGCAAAAAAAUUUUGCGGUCGUAUAUUGGUAUCACUUCAGCGUUGUCCGAAGAAGGUUGGUUUAAUUUCCGGACAAUAACUUUAGUAUAAUUAAAUAGAAAUCUAUGAAAUUUAAACACAAGGUUUACAACCACAAAAGGAAGGUUGGGAUUGAUUUUGGGGGUUAUGGUACCAACAGUUAAGGAAUUAGGGGCCAAAAAGGGUCCAAAAAUUAGCAUUUUUGUAACUUCCAGACAUAACUUGUGUGUUAGUGUAUGGAUCUCUCUGACAUUUUACCACAAGGUUCCAUAUCACAAAGGGAAUGCUGGGAUUGAUUUUGGGGGUAAUUGCCUCAAAAUUUUAGGAAUUAGGGGCAAAAAAAGGGGCAAAAAACAAGCAUUUUUCUAGUUUCAUGACAAUAACUUGUGUGUUAGUGUAUGGAUCAUUAUGAAAUUGUACUACAAUGUUCCAUAUCACAAAGGGAAAGCUGGAAUUGAGUUUGGAGGUACAUGUAAUUAUGGCAGGAAGAGAUAUGGUUAAUGGUGGAGGAGAAGUCGAUACCUUUGAGAAAGAUUUGAAAGAAAUUUUAGAAGAUGGGCCAAAUUUAAAUGACAUGCAUAACACAGUCCAGACAGGAUCUCCACAGAAAAUAAUGACAUCAUCUUACCCGGGUGGAUCAGGUUCUUUUGAUAGCACUGGAUCUUCUCAGCUACCUAGAUCUCAAACUAUGCCACCUGCGACAAGUCAUGUUUCAUUAUCAAACAACCCAUCCAGCAAUGGAGACUUCUUACCUAAAACUGUACAGACAGCACAAUCUAAAAUAGAAACCAUCAAAUCAUGGAGUGUGAACACCUUCAAAUGUACUAAACAAUACAUUGCUGAAAGACUUGGUAAAGGAUCUAAAACUGUUGAUCUGGAACUAGAAGCACAAAUAGAAGUAUUACGAGAUAUGCAAAGAAAAUAUGCUAAUAUAUUAAGACUGGCAAAGAACUUAACUAGUCAUUUCUGUAAUGUUGUACAAACCCAGAGAGCAUUAGGUGAAGCCUUCUCAGAACAAGCUCAACGUUCUCCAGAACUUCAGGAGGAGUUUUCAUACAACUGUGAGACACAAAGGGCCCUUGUCAAGAAUGGGGAAGUAUUAUUAGGGGCAAUGAAUUUUUUCACAUCAACUAUCAACACUUUAUGUAACAAGACAAUGGAGGACACACUGUUAACAGUCAGGCAGUAUGAAGCUGCAAGGUUAGAGUAUGAUGCUUAUAGAAAUGAGAUGGAAGCAUUACAGCUAGCACCUAGAGAAUCAACAUCAGCUACUAAAGUAGAAGGUUCCAAAAGAAAAUUUGAUGAACAUAAAGUCAAGUUUGAGAAGCUUAGAGCAGAUGUGUCUAUUAAACUUAAGUUCCUUGAUGAAAAUAGGGUGAAAGUCAUGCACAAACAGUUGUUAUUAUUUCACAACGCUGUAUCAGCUUAUUUUACUGGCAACGAUUCAGCAUUAGAGGCAACGUUAAAACAGUUCAAUAUAAAACUUAAACCAGCAAAUACAGAAAAACCAUCGUGGAUAGAACAAUAAUUUUAUAAUAUAGCUUUUUUUGUUGAGAUUUUCUUUUUCGUUUUUUCUUUUUUUGAAGUAUUUAUUUUAUUGAUUUAAUGUUAUAUUUUAUGUUAUGUGAUACUUACCAAUCCAUAAUUAUGUCUUGUUAUUUUUGUCUGUUUUAUAUAUAUCAUACUUCUGCUGACAUUUAUUUGUUAAGAUUAUGUAACUUACAACUAUAAAGUUUAGCCAUCACAAAAACAUGUAAUAAUUGAAAACUUAUGGAAAUGGCAAUUACCUCUAUUAAUGUACACAUUUUGAUAAGGUACUGUAAGGAGGAGUUUGUGAUAGCGCCAUUAUUUGGCCCCUGCAAUUUAAGAAAUAGGAUGAUAUAAUCUGAACACUUUAAUGUCACUUUGAUAUCAUAAGCCUGUUGAAAUUGGCAUAUUUGACCUAAAAUGGCAAUUUUACAAACUUUUUUUAGCAAAUUUUAAUAUGAUCUAAAGCAUAUAUUAGAAAGAUAUUUGACCCAGAUGGCCACAUCAUAAUCUUUGUAUAAGAUAUUUUGUAGCAAAAUAUCUCUUUGGUAAGACUGUUGCUCAUAUCUAAAUAUCAAAAUCAGGUUAUUUUGGCAAUCUUUCAAAUCUAACUGGUUAACUGUUAGACAAUUUUCAAAAAUACUUCUACUCUCAUCUUGCAGAUUAAUGACGAGAACAGCUAAAUGAUGUUAAAUAAUGGAUUAUUUAUACUUUUUGAUUUCAAGGGUCCAAAAAGUUGCAUUUUCAUACCUUCUCUGAUGAUGAAGAUAACCUCUUAAAUAUGUUAUAUAUCUUCAUAUUUUAUUAAAGAUAUUUUUCUUUCUAAAAAUAAACCAUAGUGGAUAAAAACCUGUUAUACAUGAGCAAGUUUUAUUUUAUUUUGAAUUGAAUAUUUAUUUAUAUAAUGAAACCAUUGUCUAAAGUAGUUAUUAGUGGUUUGCAUAAUUAACACAUCAAAAGUAAUCAAGUAGUUAUUUAUUUAUUUAUUAAAUUAUUGUAAUUUAAGUAUACUUGUUAAAUGUUUAUAAGGUAAUGUGUGACUGUCACAAUAAAUCCAGUCCAUGUCUUCAAACAUACCAUUGGUUAUGCAAACAGGUACUAAGUGGAUUUUGAAAAUAUAACCAAUUGUUUCUAACUGUUACCAUGUAUACUGCUUUUCAUUACUUAUUAUAGAAGUAGACUAGGAAAACCUUAUUGCAAAUAUUGGGAUUGAACAGUAAGAUAUAAUUUUAAUAGUAUCUCCUGAGCAUGUGACACGGAUUCUAAGAUUUUUUUUUUGGAAAGAUUGAUAUCAACAAAUUGAAAUAGAGCUCUUAAAUGAAGUUAGUUAUAUUGGUUGAGGACAUAGGAGUCAUUAAUAUACACUUAAAAAUUGUUAAUGACAUUUUUAAUGUCAUUUAUUUUGUAUAUAGAUAUAUAUAAUGCAUGAUGGAGAAUUUAACUAUCCACAAAAGCUGUUUAAUGAGGUAAUGAAUGAACAUUUAUGUAUUCUCAGGUUCUGUAAAAACCAACAUUUUCUGUAAAAUCCACAUUUUUGAUAUGCAUAUGGUAACUUUAUUACUUUAUUAAUAUAUUUCAUAGCAUGAUUUAUAUAAUUAGAAAAUAAAAUCAAGACCAAACAUUAUUAGAAGAACAUAUUUUAAAUUCAAAGGUUUUGAUUUGGUUCAAUUUGAGAAUAAGAGGUGUAUAUUUGUAGAACUACACUAAUGUAAGAAUUUAUAAUGCAUGAUCAAUUAAGUACCAAAAUUAGAAAAAUCUAUAAUAAAGGAACAUUCCAACCUGUGUGAAAUAUGAAAUGGUAAAAAUAGUUUUUUCAUGUUCUCAGAAAUAUUUAUAUUUAGAGGUACUGUAUUUUUAUAAAUAUGAUAUAUUAAAAAAAUAUAAAUAUAUCGGAAAUUUUGGGAUAUUUCUAAUACUAAGUGAUACUAGAUUAUUUCCCUCUAUUUUUUUUCCCUUUAUGAUGAAUUAUUGAAAUAUUUAAUGAUUUUGACGUCUUUAACGGCAUGGAAUAUUUGACUACCCAAAAACAUUGAGAAUGCCAUUUUGAAACCUAUAAAUCAUACAUUUAAUGAAAUUUUUUUAAACUAAAAUGCUGUUAUAUUUCAAAUAAAGUUGAAGUUAUCAUUUUGUGAUACUAUAAACAGAUGCAAAUUGUUACUUGUAACAUUUUUUUCUACAAUAAUAUUGCAAGGACACAAUAAAAGUGGAAAUCUUGGCAUUGAAAACAAAAAUUGUUUUAAAGAAUUUUCCUGAUACACAAUUAGCUGUUUACAAUGCAGCCAUACCCUAAUCAGUAAAGUGCAAUACUGCAGUAAAACUUUCUUAAUUACCAUGCCUGCUUAGCUGUAAUUUUAAAAGCAUGAUUGAUAUUUGCAAAGUAUAUAGAUGCUUUAGAAUUAUAUUAAACUACUGACAUCUGUAUAAAAGUCUUGUGUACAUAUAUUUAUCCCGUCAGUAGUUAAAAUGCUUUUGUAUUAUAAAUCUAAUUAUAGGGACCAAACCAAAUUGUAUGAGUUGUGAUAUGUACAAGAAAUGGCUGAUCACUCAAAAUACAUUGUAUAAUUUUCAGUACAGAAAUUAAUAAUAUAUAAUAUUUCUCAACAAUGGAAUAAUAUAGGAUAAGUUGAAAUUAAAAAAGCUUGUACAUUUGACUCUUUGAUGUAUAAAUAAUAGAUCCAGCAGUGUGAAAUCCAAAUGUAUUUAAAAAAUAUGCUAGUCAUUGGUGGAGGGACUUUUGUUUGAGCUUAAACUAAAUAAGUAUAUGUUGUAACAUUAAAAAUUUAAAGAUGCCAUAAUUUGAUUAAUCAUUUCAGUUCUUUACAUAACAUGAAUAAAUCAAAUAACUUUCAUUACCAGUACCUUGUUU